AUGGUUGAUUUUCGGUUCGAUGGAAUGCUUGUUUCUUCGAUGACUCGAAAGUGCGCAGCAGCAGGUUCUAUCGGAUCUCUUGGAUGUAAAGAAUCUGAUGAUAGUGAUGAGAUAGGCUUUGAGACCAAAGAUUGCAAGACGGUUUGUCAAGAAGAUGGCUGCAACGACUCAAGAACAAACGAAGAAGUCCUCUCAGAAUAUUCGACAGGAACUGUCAAAUCCUGCAGAACCUGCAGUGAAACGAAAGUCGGCGCGUACAACGACCUUGAGUGCGAAAAUGAAGAAACCAUUGAUUGUCCCGCAUACGCCGAUACAAGCUGUUUUACUGCAGCAUACACACGCGAGUUCGAUGGCACAUAUUCUCACCAGCUAAACAAAGGUUGCUCCAGCUUCAAGAGCAAUUUUGAAGACGACCCCACGUGUUUUGAAAUAAACCACGGCGACGAUGGAUUCUAUCGUGAAGAAACGUGCAAGGAAAGUUGUUCAAAGGAUAAUUGUAAUAAUGUAAUCACUCAACGACCUUGUUUGGAUAAUCAGAUAUGCCCUGAAAUCGAGACCACAACAGAAUAUGCUACAACAGAAGUACUAGAUACAACUUUUGCUGAAAAAACAACCGAACAAGUUUUGUCAACAACGGAAUCCGUCCCAACUACCGAACCUCCGAUUCCGACGACUGCUUCCAUCGACAUCAACAACAACAACAACAACAACGGCAAAAACUACAACAUCAACAACAAGAAUCUUAACGACAACUGCUUCCACAACUACAUCUACAGCGACUACAAUGUCAACAACAAGCUCUACAUCAUCUUCAACAUCAACUUCAACGACAACAGCAUCUUCAAUAACUUCAACAACAUCAAGUUCAACAUCCUCUCCACCAACACCAAGCACUACAUCACUGUCAACAUCGACAACAACGAGUCAGAACACAUCGUUCCAACAAUAUGUGUCAUUGUCGGACUUUGUGUCUAUCUAUUUAUCCUCAGAGAUCGCAAAGAUGUCUACGAAGAAGACUUUUCCGAAAGUCCCGGGCGAAAAACAUGUUCAACUGAAGUAAAGGACACCCAGUUUUGA